AUGAGGACAUUUUUGUUGAUUACCAUCUUUGCUUUUGUGGCUGUGCAGUUGUGCACAUGCUCCCACAAGAAGACCACCGCCGAUGCCCCAGCAACUGCUGAGGCCAAAGCAGCCUCGGAAGGUGCUGAACCACGAGCAUCAGGAGCUAAUGAGGGUCCACAGGCUGCCGAGGGCAAAUCACCGGACACCACUCCCCCACCUCCACCUCCUCGCUCAUAA